AUGGCUAAUCUUGCUAAUACUAUGGAGGCGAAUGCUGCUACGACUCUGCAAGCUAUGCUGAAGUUAGGUCAACCAGCCAGCAACAAAAAUGGUAAUGAAAUCGGAAGGGGGAUGGAAAUGAAAAUGGAGACGGGAAUGGGUGUGUUAGGGUGCCCCAGAGAGACCUAUGAGAGGUGGAAGUGUAUUAAGUACCAAGGAGGCUUGAGGGGUGCUGUUAUGACUGCUGUGGCUCCUCUUGAGAUUCAAAUCUUUUCAGAACUAGUGAACAAAGCGAGGGUGGUUGUGGAGUGUUCAAAGAAGGUAGCUUCGUCAAGGGACACUCGUGGAGGAAAUAAUAACCAUGGGCGCGGAAAGUACUUUCAACCAAGAGCCCAAAGCUUCAAGAGAGGAGGACAUGUGCCCCAAGGUCAAGGCAAUGUUAGGGGCCCACUUUUGAUCAGUACCACCAGGAGAGAGGAAGAGAUUGGUAUAGGUGGUUGCUUCAACUGCGGAUUCCCUGGUCAAAUUGCGAGAGAUUGCACUCGUUGGAGGAAGACUCAGAAUGCCGGCCAGAACCAACAAGGUCAGGUGUUUGCUGUGAACGCCCAAGAUGCGGUGAAGGCGGAUCCUUUGAUGAGAGGUAUAUGCUUAAUUAGUGAUAAAACAUUGGUUGCAUUAUAUGAUACUGGAGCUUUGCAUUCUUUUAUUGCAUUUAACAAAGUUGAGGAACUAGGAUUGAAAGUGUCAGAAUUAGUGUUUGAUUUGUAUGUUCAUACUCCGCAUCAGACAGUUGUGACUAGGUCAGGUUGUAGGCAAAUAGCUUUCAAGAUUGAGGGUAGAAACUUUGUACAUGAUUUGAUUUACUUGCCAAUGGUUGGGUUAGAGAUGAUUUUGGGGUUUGAUUGGAUGUCAAGGAAUCGGGUUUUGCUGGAUUGGUUUGAGCAAUCGAUUCGGUUUAUGCCAGAAGGAGAAAGUGGAGCAGUGAUAGCUGAGGGUUAUUACCUAAACUCUGUGAUGGUGAACUGUAGUGGAGAAGAGUGUUAG